CACGACCUUUCUUCCUCUUUCUAACCAUGACCACCAUCUUGACCUUGCAGGAUCUCGCCGUCUGCAUCUUCCUCUACGCGCUCCACGUCCGCCUCAAGCAUGCCUCAUCUCAUCCUCCUCUCCCACCGGGUCCGCCAGCAGGGUGGCUGCUCGGCCACCUGCGCGUCGUCCCGCAGAAGGACGCUGCGCGGGCAUACUGUCGGUGGAGUAAGGAGUAUGACUCGGCCUUGAUCCACGUCAAUGUCCUCGGGCAACCCAUCGUCGUGCUCAAUACUCUCGCUGCGGCGGUGGACCUGCUGCACAAGCGAGGUGCAAUUUAUAGUGAUCGGCCACAUUGGGAGUCAUUCCGGAUGCUCGGAUACGAGCACGAUGUUCUGCUCACCAGCAGCAAGGACCCAUCUUUCCCUAUCCUCCGCGGAGAGCUGCAGAACUACCUAGCGAAGUUUACGGUCCAUCAAUUCGCUCCUGUUCAGCUUCGUGAGGCACGCAAGCUCGUCAAGCGUAUCCUGCGGGAUCCGGAAGGAUGGAAAGGCGCGUUGCAGAUGUUCAGCACCUCCGUCAUCGUCGCAAUCAUCGCGGGCCACGAAAUUAAGUCUCCCGACGACGACUACUUGCAAAUCGGCCGCGGUAUCUGCGAGGCGAUGAAUGGCGGCGGACCACCUGGCGCGACAGGCGUCGACUUCUUUCCUUUCCUACGCCACCUCCCCAGCUGGUGCGACCCAACCGGCUCAACAAAGCACGUGCGCAGAAACCGGGCGGCAAUUUCGAGGAUGAUCAACGUGCCAUAUGAGCGCGUAAUGGAGGAGAUGAAAGCUGGCACCGCUCGACCGUCCUUCAUUGCUUCCGCGAUUCAAGAGGCUGAGGCCGAGCACGGUCGCGUUGAUCCCGAAACGGCGGCGAGGAUCAGAGGGGUAGGGGGUUCUAUGUUUUCUGCUGGAGCCGACACGACUACGGACACCCUUACCGUCUUCAUCUUCGCCAUCGUCAACCAUCCCGACGUCCAAGAGCGCGCGCGCGUCGAGCUUCACUCAGUCGUUGGCCCUGACCGCCUGCCUGAGAUGGAGGACCUGCCGAGCCUGCUCUAUAUACAGCGGGUGGUGCAAGAGACAUUCAGGAUGUAUCCAGUUGCGCCAUUGGGUGCCCCGCAUAAGUCUACUGAAGACGAUGUAUACAACGGGAUGUUCAUACCGAAGGGCUCUGUCGUCGUCUUCAACGCCUUCGCCAUGACGCACGACGAGGAUGUGUACACCAAUCCAUGGUGGUUUGACCCGGACCGAUACCUACCUCUUGAUGAGGGAGGGCGCGGGGAGCCGUUGCCUGUAACGCAUUUUGGAUUUGGGCGAAGGAUAUGCCCCGGCCGCUUCCUCGGCGAGGCGUCGGUGUUCAUCGCGAUUGCGACCAUCCUGCACGUCCUUGCAAUCAAGAAGAUGAAGGACGCAAACGGGGAGGAGAUCACUAUCGAGCCGGAGACAGCGACGUUUACCACGGGGCUGGCGAGCCAUCCUGAGAAGGUGCUCUGCACCAUAGAGGCGGUCAACGGGCGCGCAAGGCGGCUGACGUUGGAGGUCGAGUAAGGGGAGUCAUCGGUUUUAAGAUAGGCUGCGGGUUGGGCGAGAAGCUACUUUAUAAAUGACGUGUCCGCGAAAGUCAUUUCCGUCG